AUGAAGCUGGUCAGAUUUCUCAUGAAAUGCGCCAAUGAGACGGUGACCAUCGAGCUGAAAAAUGGCACCGUCGUCCACGGCACCAUCGCAUCCGUCUCCCCACAGAUGAACACGGCACUACGGAACGUCAAGAUGACGCCCAAGGGCCAGGAGCCGAUCCCCCUCGACACCAUGAACAUCCGCGGCUCGACGAUCCGUUACUUUAUCCUGCCGGACUCGCUCCCGCUCGACACGCUCCUGAUCGACGACGCGCCCAAGCCCAAGAACAAGGCCCGCAAGGAGGCCGACCGCGGCGGCCGGGGCGGCGGCGGCCGGGGUGGCGGACGCGGACGCGGAGGGGGCCGUGGAGGUCCCCGCGGGCGCGGGCGUGGCCGCGGAUUCUAG